UGAACAAAGAUUCCACAACGGCUUCAAUGAAAUGACCGCAAAGACGUUAUAAAACUUUUAAAACCGAUAAUUAAUUUUAUAACACAUCAAGAUACGUGGUAUUAAAUGGUGUUAUCUAUAAGCCUUGUCACGAAACAACUGAAAACAAAAACAUUGCGCGAGAAAAAAAAAACUGUGAAACUAUGUUGUCGAGACAACACUUUAACUGGGGAAAAAUGAAUCCAAUCUGCCAUUUGAUGCCGACAGAGUUGUGGACGAUGACGUUCAUUUUGUAAAUAAUAAUAUACACGUUCUAUGUUUUAAUUAGGUUCCAUGUAGUGUAGCGACUAUAGACUUCUUCUUUCCACUUGUUGUUGAAUACUUCCUGUUGUUAUUUAUUCAUCAAAAAUUUAUUACAUUUUUACAUUUAACAUUUACAAAAAAAAAAAAAAGAAAUAAUAAAAAUGGACGAUUUAUAUGGAUUAUCCAAAACUGUAUGCAAAGGUGCCUUGGACAGUGUUAAAGGCAUAACUGUUUUAUUUAUGUCAGACAAGCGGUUAAAGAAAGUUGUCAGACCAGUUACUUCAUCCAAAGAUCAAAACAUGUUACAACGAAUAGUUCAAUGUUGUACAUUAAAUGGUGGUAUUUUUUGUUUAAGUAUAGUAAUAUUUGAAUAUGUUAUACUACCAGCCUUAGACUACACAAUGUCAGUGGCAUUCGGAAACCUCAAUGACAAUAUUUGGUUAUGGACACGAUCAUUAUUGUCAUGGACAUUUGGAGCUGUAUGGGUGCUACCUAUAUUUUUAUUAAGCAAAAUAAUAAACAGCUUAUGGUUCCAAGAUAUCGCAGACAUAGCAUAUAAACAAAAAAAAGGUGAUCCACAACAACUAUCACGAAUUAGCAAGGUGAUAGCAGAUUUUUCAUUCAGCCUAGUCGUUCAGUUUUUAUUUUUAAUUCAAAGUUAUUUAGUAAGUAUGGUGCCGUCAACAAUUUUGAGUACUGUUCUUAGUACUGUACAUUUAUCAUUACUAUACUCAUUAUAUUCAUUUGAAUAUAAAUGGUGUAAUAUGGGUAUAGAGUUAAACUCGAGAUUAUCCAUUAUUGAAAACUGUUGGCCAUAUUUCCUUGGAUUUGGUCUACCAUUGGCAGUCAUUACAUCUUUGCCAGAAUCAUAUAUUAUUAGUGGUUGUCUGUUUUCGAUUCUGUUCCCUGUUUUUAUAAUUAGUGCAAAUGAAGUUAGUCCAUCUAAAAUUAAAGUUUUCAGGUUGAAAUUAUUUGCACCAGUACUGUCUAUUACUAGUACCAUAUUCAAUCGCUCUAUUGGUCCGGCUAUAAAAUCUUCAGCAAAUACUGCAAACAAGACUCAAAAAAAUCGUAAAUGAUUUUACAUAAUAUAUAAUAAUACAUUUUAUAAUAUUUUAAGUACUUAUUCAUUUGC